ACGGGUCGGAGAGUCCGCCGUAAAGCCAAGGCCUACCAAGACUACAGGGCCCUUGAUACGGCACUAUACAGCGCAGCACUCUCCUUAACUGCACAGCCAGCACCCACCGACUGGGACACCAUGGGGAGAAAAUCCCAGCGGACGGCAGCAG